UGGAUUUGGCGUUGCUCCAUGUCUAGUGUAUUUCAGGAGCCGAUUCCUGAGGUCAUGACCUAGCCACCUUCGGCCCAGCGCCCCCGCUUGCGCGGGAGUUGAACCACCGAACGGAACUUUGUACAUGAGUGGUUAGAGUGGAAAAUUGAAUGAAGAGAGAUAUAAUAUAAAAUGUAACCGUGAACAAUGGCACUGCUGAAACACUUGGGCUACAGUUUCAAAGGAACGAAGGCUUUCGCGCGAGCCAGUUGGCUAUGAAAGUCAUUCAGACUUGAAGUCGUGACGGAAAAGUUAAAGAACGGAGGAGGCUCUUUUUGAAGUCGGGUAAAAAGAGUGAAUAUGAAAGUGAUGGUGAUAUUCAUCAUCGUCGCCCCCAGCCUCAGCUGGCAGCGCCGCCACAGUGACAGCGGGAGUAGCGAGGUAGACGACUCGCGGCAAACUCAAGAAUACGACGACGACCAGCCCGACUACCGCUCCAGAAAAAAAGACAAAUCCCGCUACGAAAUCCACACGAACUCAGCCGAAUUAGAAGCCUCCAACAAAAAGUACAUCAAGCACUCCUCAAAACAUUCCCGCCGGCGUUUAAAAAAACACACCAACGACCAUUGCGAAAGCAACGAAUGCGAACAGGUAGAUCCGAACGCCGAACAACAGUCCGGCAUAAGUCCCGGUAAUCUAGUGUUUGUGCCCUACCCUUACCCUUUAGUAGUCCCACCACCGGUACCACCACCAAUGUUGGUACCUCCAGGACUUCCAACUACUGUUAGUUCUAUCACAACUUCCACUUCACCAACGAAAGAUCACGAGGCUCUUAGGGCAUUAAAUAACCAGAAAAUUGCAGAAAUCGCAGAUAAAGAAAAUUAUUGGGACCUGCUUAGGAGCUUGAAACACAGGCACGAAUUGCCUUACGUGAAGAAUGACUCCGGACCUAUGAGGAGGUACUUAUUAGAUCGGCUGCUUUCGCAUGUGAGGAAUGUGAAAGAUAUCAACUCGGUAUAGCAUUAAAACGGAAAAGAAUGAAACAUACUUACAUAUUAGGUAGGUAAUAUAACUAAUGGAACCCAGAAGCCGUCUUAACGUAGCUAUCUGCCUAAGUUACCUAGACAUGGUAAAAAUGUGUAGCUUAUAAAGCGUCUACAGUACUUUCAGUAUUUUGUAGUAGAUAACCAGUGAAUGAAUGCCUGUAAUUUUUAUACGUUUCAUACAUACCUAUUGUCUGUGUACUAUUUGAGUUUGCGGG